UCUCUCUCUUUUUUUUUCUUACAUAAAAAAAAGGUUUAUAUUUAAAAAUGGCUGGUCACUACGUUAUCGCCGGAAAGAAGAUCCCUAACCACAAGAUUUCCAUGUUCUUCAUUGGUUCUUAUGCUAUUCUUGGUGCUGCUGCUAUGAUGAAGCCUAAGGCUCCUCAACCCACCACUCCUCCUAUCCAAGCCAGCUCUACCGACGAAGAAGCUUUCAUUCGUGAAUUCCUUCAAAAGGCCGAAGAAAAGAAUUAGAUUGUCUUUUUAAAUGUCGAAUUUAAAUAAAAUCACAGCAUAUAACGAAUUCAAACGAUAAACAACAACAGAAAAAUAUAAAAAAGAAAUGAUGUUGAAUGG